CGGACCUGCAACAGCCUCCUACUGAACACGUAGAGUAAAAUAGUACGUCUACAACAUUAUACCGUGGUCUAUAGUAAACUGAACUCUAUGUACACUACGGAGAUACGCUGUUUAAGUUGCUGGUUAUGAAUAGUUCUGCCCCGCUGAGUUUAGAAACUGACGUUGCUAGCUUGUCUCCGUUACAUCUCAUCAAAACCCUGCAGUAACUGAAUUAUUAAAACUACUUUCUGUCUUACUAAACGUUCUGUGUUUUCACGGCAAGAGCAUGACGUAGAAUUGACAUAACUAAAUUAUGAAUGCGUCUUAAAUGACUUAAUUGAGAUGUUGGAAUCACAACUUUUGAAACAAGUCAUCAAUAACAGCUGGGAGAAAGAGUGGGCCGUCCUUCGGUGGUCCUCCGCGGAGGGAGGGAGUGGGCGGAGUGAUCUGCACAGAACAACAACAACACGUUCUACCCCGGUGACGCAGUCGGUUGCUAGGUGUGAAUGAACUGAUGCUUUGUCUCGGUCAUUCGGCUCCUCAGUUUACAGGUCGACCACAACAAAGCAGCAUCUUUUCCUCUCUGUUUUUGUGCGUCGUUCCGGGUUAUUCGGAGCUAAACAUGGCUCUUUAAGUUCUUGUUGACGUCGCUGGACCAGAAACGAAGUCGUGCUUUGCUUUAGCAACGCACCCCCAAGUGCUCUACAGUUUUCCCGCAAGAAUGGAGUUUCAUUAUGCUCGCCCUGCCCUGCUCUCUGUGGCCCAUCUGUCAGACCCCGCUCGCUCUCAGCGUGUGCUCGGACUCGGACUAAAUCAAGGCGUCAACAGGCAAAAUGAUGGCAACAUCAGCUCAUGUUUGGAGGACUCUUCGUGUCUGCCCGGCAGACCCCCUCGCUCUCUCUCACCCACAGGCUAACCACAGCCAAUCACAGGGGUGCAGGGGGGAGGUGUCAGAGGAGAGCCCGCAUUUAAUUGGUGAUGGUCUCACUGACUGGAUGACGGAAGAAGUGGAUUUCUCCUCGUACCUCCCAAAUCCUCCUUCCCCUCCCUCCUCCACCAAUGCCUCCCUUCCCCCUUCACCCCUUCAGAAUGAUAUCCAGGUGCCCUCUGACUUGGAGGUCAUGACCUCUUUGCUGCAAGAGGAACUCGCCCAGCUUGAGGACUACUUCCUGUCUGAGCCACUGCCAGAGAAAGGGCAGAGGCUGGGAAAAUGCGACAGGGGUCCACUGCCGGCGGGUCCUCAGCCAUUCAGUCAACUGCCAUACGCCUCGUACUCUGCGUCCACCCAAUCGGAGUCCAACCCACUUCUUGUUACCCUGGCAACCGGGGAGCUGGACCUGCUGAGCAUCUGUGGUGGGCCCAUAGGGCGAUCCAAAAUUCCUAGACAUGCCCCGUACAGCUGCAGCCGCCCCAGUGGGUGUGGUAGGAAAAGAGUUCUGGAGAGCGUGAGGUUCGGCGAAGGCUACGAAAGCAACGUGUUGGGUUCCAAAGGAAGUAACUCAGGUAACUCUGCUGUGGCCCUGACGAGUAAUUACGGCUCCGUGGAGGACGAGCAGCUGGUGGGGAAAAGCUACUGCCUGGGCAAUGCGAUCGAGGUCAGACGAUGUGCUGGCUUAUCCAAAGACGACAAAAACUGCUGCUUUACCCAAGACGUGAUGAGUGGCGCCAAGGUUGUUGGUGGCGGGUUUGGCUUUGGUGGAACACUGGACCCUCCUCAGAAGAAAGAGGAUGUGAUGAUGUACAGCAUGAGGGAGGUCAGCGGAGGCACCGCGAACAGCGAGGUGCUGAGCAGCAUCAAGGCCAGCGUGGAGGUGACCAAGGCCACCGUGUCUUGGAAAACCGACAGCGGUGAAAGCUGCUACAUUCCAGCGACGCCUCAGUCCGAGGCCUUCAGCAGCUUCUUGGGGAACAUCAACGAGCAGGUGAAAACGGAGAGUCUGCAGAUGCUACAGCCCGAUUUGCACUGCAAUUACCUUGACGAUCAGGCCCCAGAAUGCUUCCUGAUGGCGAGGGAGAGUUUGAAUCUGGACAGCUCAGGGCACAGGCAGACAUGCAGGCUAAGAGAAGACCACUGCGCUGUGAAAUACGAAGUAGACAUCAUUCCACACGAAGGCGGUGAGCGAAAGCAAAAGAAAAGGGAUCAGAACAAAACCGCCGCUCAUAGGUAUCGCCAGCGAAAAAGGGCGGAGCUAGAUUCUUUGGAGGAGCAGCUGCACUGCCUGGAGGGGAGGAACCGCGAGCUGCGAGACAAGGCAGAGUCCGUGGAACGUGAAAUCCAGUACGUCAAAGACCUGCUGAUCGAAGUUUACAAAGCACGCAGCCAAAGGCUCAAGCAGGACACAACAGCGUAACGCCGCACGACUGCAAGUACACUCAGACCGGGCAAAGCCGAGAAAAUGCGCAACUUUUAUUUGUUUUCUCGUGAACUGAAUGUUUCAUGUCUUUUUUUUUGUUUGUUUGUUUGUUUUUCCGUUGGUGUUGUUUUUAUGAUGCGGGGGGCCACUGCAUGCUUUGCUGAUGUGAAUUGUUUUCUGAAUUUUAAAAUCAAUUCUUUCUCAUUUGUUUUUGGCACUGAAAUCACCUGAGCCUUCACUGUGGCGCUGCAAUGCUUUACCUGACAAUCAUCUUUAACAGAUCUUCCUCUUUCUCUGAAUCUACUGAAUAACUUUUUUUUUGUUUUGUUUUUUUGGGGGGCGGGGUUGUAAUGUCAUUUAAACAGCAGGUUACGUAUUUAUUUUUAGCCUUACAUUGAAAUUGAUGUCAGCAAUAGAAUCUGAAGAGUCUCCUUUUAUUCCUAUUUAAUUAUUACUUUUGAAAUAAAGUUGCUGUAAGAGUUAUGGAAGUAGAUGGAUUAGUACUUGUGUUUUGGUGAAACAUUUCAGCUUUAAUUGUAGACUUAUCAGAACUGUUAAGUUUUAAAAUUAAAGAAAGUUCUGUGAAACAAUCUGAUAUUUUUUUCUUAUUUAAAUACGACCAGAUAUUUUUUAAACAACUCGUGUUGCUCUAAUGAUCAUAUUUGGGACUAUCUAAUUCCUCUGCUGUUUCAUAACUUAAUACAACAGAUCAAAUCACUGCAAUAUUUUGCAGCAACUGCUGCAAGAAAUGUUCAAUUAAAACAAGCGCAAUCCUAAAUGCUUUAAAGUAAACUGAGAUGUGGCUAUGGCUGUAAAGUUUACUUUGCAAUAAAUAAAUCUGUUUUGCAGCUCAGGAUAAUUUAUCUGUCCUCCAGAUCUACAAACAUCAGUAGAUAAUUAUUGCAGGAGAUAACAUUUCAGUUUUGUUCCCCCCACCCCCCUCUCUCUCUCCUGUAGGAUUUCAUAUUUCCCUCUUGGAUUGAAAAAAAAUACUUUUAUAUUUGGGUGCACAUAUUGUAAUUAGUGGUGUUUUAGCAGCCUCUCUCUGCAUGCUCUUCCAUUAAUGUAUUUUUCCUUCUCUGAAACAGAAUAUUUAGAGAUUCAGAAAUGAGGAUUGUCUCCUUAAACUGCUUAAGGCAAUAAGUUUUAUAGGCCUCCAGCUGAGCUGCACUAAUUUGUAACUUUUUAUAUGUUCAGGGAGUAGUGUGUUGAUUUUUUUUCUAAAAAAAAAUGUUGAAAAAAGAAACAAAUUCAUCAGAUUGUUUAUUUUUAGGCCGUGUGAAAUAUUUUACAAGUCAUUUAUUUAUCUAAUAGAAACUCUUUUGCACAUUACUUUACAAAGCUUUUCCUUUUUUCUUUGCACAUUUAGUUUUUAGACAAUCAUUUAUUUGCACUUUGUGUUUCUGUCUCUUUUUUUUUUUUUUUUUGGCUUGGGAUUCAUGAUGUUUAACCCCCUGCGGUGUACUAUCAACAAAACAUGUUUAAACCAAAAAUACGGGCGACAACUCAUUGUAUCUCUUUGUAAUUUUGAAGCGAUGUAUCCACUAUGUAUGUUUCUUUCUGUGUGGUGUAAACUUUCCAUU